CGAUGCUCAAGCCAAGAAUUCAACUCACCAGGGUCUCUUCGUCUACUCCUCACUUUGUCUCUAUCUCUCGAGCACCGUCCCGGCUUCAGCGCAAUCCUGCGUUCGAAGCACCAAUACGGCCACAGAAACAUAAUUUCUCAUCAGAGCUGGGUCUGAGGAGAGACUUACCCCCCGAUAGCUCGAAUACGACAGGAGAUCCUUCAGAUCCUCCAGAACAUAACAAUAAUGACAAAGGGCCAGAAGUAUCCGACCAAGAAUGGGAAAUGCGGACAGGCCGAGCCAUAGAUAUCCUCACGAAUACCCUUCCUGACUUCUUCAAUAUCGGGCUACUCACGUCAAUCAACAAAAGUACCGGGGAACCUCAGCCAACGUCUUCGAUUCACAUUCGAGCGGUGAAUGCCAGCCCCCUCGAUUAUCGAACGAGAAAUGAGAGUAUGGAAUCAAUAUAUAGUCCAAAAGUGCAACUGUCGUAUACACCACCCGUCGAACUCCCCGUGCCGUUUCCGAAAACGUUGAAAAUCGAGGGUUUACCCCUUUACAUUGCCUCUUCAGCCUUCGUCAGACACACUCUCAACGCGCUGUAUUCCGGCCUGACGAUUACCAUUCACAAGGUGUCCGUCAAUACACCCAAAUUGAGCAGCUCAUCCUACCAAGAAGAAUUACCUCCAAGUCCAUCAUUCCCACCCGACAAGACUCCGUCAAGAAAAAACCGGGAGAAAAACCUUUCCAUCAGUCUUCGAGUUACGGGAACUGCGAGAGUGAGCGGGAGCCUGGGCGAGUGGGAAGUAAACUGCACAUACGGCUUUUCUCCUGCGACCGGGUUGAUCUAUAUGCACACUAUCAACUCUAUUGAACCUGCUCCACAUCUAACGGUAUACGAUGCUAUUCGUGUCAGCCUUGGGGGUGUAUUCGGCCAUGGGUAUCGGCUUCCUGAGGCCUCAGAAAGAAUGAAGCGUCACGGACCAGAGACGGCCUUCAGCGGACGGCCUGAGUUGCAAGCACGAAGCGCUGAAAACCGUGGACACCUUGCUCGGUGAAGCUCAAAGAACUGGUCGUUGGCGACAAUGAUUCCAGGUUAUAUUAAGCUCCUACUAUAAUUGUAAAGUACUAUAUUCAAGAUAGUCCGA